AAAUCGGUUUGUUGUCUUCCUGUUUCUAGAUGUGUGCCGCGGUAUGAAGUUGAUCGCAUGCUAUUGCACGGUCUAUGGACAGUAACGGUUUAUCUACAUUGUGUCAUGUCAUGAUUAUGCCCGCGGUAAAUCACGGAUCACUACAUCGACAUGGUGUUACAUUGUUACUAAAAUAACCGGACUUACGUGUGGUUGGUGCUACAGUUCAAAGGCAACCAACUCACGAGGUAACGUUACUGUACAGUAGUGCAACAACUUGAAAUGAUCGUCUGACAUUCGCUCACAUAUUGAGUGAGAGGAUGCUGAGAACAUGUUUAACAGCUGUCCGCGGUCCUGCGGUCUGCGUGGGUCGGUGUUUCAGUAGUGAAGUGAGUGGUGCAGAUUCCACGUUAGCCGGUUUCUCCUCUCCACCGUUUUCAACGGAGGCUUCACUCUAUGUUCACUGGCCUUACUGUCUGAAGAGAUGCUCCUACUGUAACUUCAACAAGUACAUUCCUCGCUCUGACAACCAGGAUGUCAUGUUGGAGUGUCUCCAGCGGGAGACGGAGACCUUACUAAAGCUCAGCCAGGUGUCCCGGAUCACCUCUGUGUUUUUUGGAGGCGGGACUCCCAGCCUGGCCCGCCCCUCCACUAUCGCUGCGGUCCUACAGACGGUUACCAGGCACGCUGGACUAUCAGAGGAGGCGGAGGUCACUCUGGAGGUCAACCCCACCCCUGUAGGAAGCUCUAAGUUGGAGGACUUCCUCCAUGCUGGCGUCAACCGUUUUUCCAUCGGGGUGCAGUCUCUCCGGGACGACGACCUGAAGGUUCUGGGGAGGGACCACAACUCCCAGCAUGCGUUGCAGACCGUAGCGGAGGCUCGGAGGCUCUGCCCGGGUAGGGUGUCGGUCGACGUCAUGUUCGGACGUCCUGGUCAGAGCGUUGCAUCCUGGGAGUUGGAGUUGGAUGAGCUGCUGUCGGUGUGUGAUGACCACGUCUCCCUGUACCAGCUGACCCUGGAGAGAGGCACACAGCUCUUCAGACAGGUCCAGAAAGGCCAACUGAGCGUGCCCAGUGAUGACAUCACAGCUGUCAUGUAUGACUCUGCCAGGAGGAUUCUUCAGAAGAGAGGCUAUCUGCAGUAUGAGGUGUCCAACUUUGCCAGAAAUGGUGCCAUCAGCCAACACAAUAUGAGUUACUGGAAGGCCAGUCAGUACCUUGGAGUGGGCCCAGGUGCCCAUGGUCGCUUCGUCCCCCGUGGAGAGGGGUAUGUGUGUCGAGAGGCCCGUACCCAGACUCUGGAGCCUGAUGUCUGGUUGAGAGAGGUGCAGCAGAGGAGUCACGGGACUCGACGCAGGAUACCCCUCACCCACCUGGGACUAUUGGAGGAAGUGUUGGUCAUGGGACUGCGUUUGACUGACGGCAUCACUCACCAGCAUUGGCAGUUGUUCAGUCCCAGGGCAGAUCUGUACCAGAUUCUCAGCUCAUCCUCUGAAGUACAAGACCUUCAACAGACAGGCCUCCUAAUCCUGGAUGACAGGGGUCUGCGGUGCUCGUGGCAGGGCCUGGCCUUACUGGACAGCAUGUUACCCACUCUGCUGCUGCUGCUGGAGGCCUACAUCACCCAGGGGCUCGACAACAACAGUGGUUCACUACAGCUCUGAUGACAGACGACUAGACCUCGACAACAACAGUGGUUCACUACAGCUCUGAUGACAGACAACUAGACCUCGACAACAACAGUGGUUCACUACAGCUCUGAUGACAGAGAACUAGAGAAGCGUGGAGGAACUGGAGUCCGUGGCACGCUGACCUUCAUAAACAACCUAUUUAACUGCUGCUUUUGGUGUGUGUGUGUGUGUGUGUGUGUGUGUGUGUGUGUGUGUUUGUGUGUGUGUGUGUGUGUGUGUGUGUGAGAGAGAUAUUACCUCUACUACAUUGAAGGGGUACAGAAUGAUUUGUUCAUAGAAGACAUGGUGUGGAGAACCUUUCCCGAGUCCCGACAGCAUCCUGUUAAACUGUAAAGUACAGAGCUUUAUCAGAGUCCCGACAGCAUCCUGUUAAACUGUAAAGUACAGAGCUUUAUCAGAGUCCCGACAGCAUCCUGUUAAACUGUAAAGUACAGAGCUUUAUCAGAGUCCCAACAGCAUCCUGUUAAACUGUAAAGUACAGAGCUUUAUCAGAGUCCCGACAGCAUCCUGUUAAACUGUAAAGUACAGAGCUUUAUCAGAGUCCCGACAGCAUCCUGUUAAACUGUAAAGUACAGAGCUUUAUCAGAGUCCCAACAGCAUCCUGUUAAACUGUAAAGUACAGAGCUUUAUCAGAGUCCCGACAGCAUCCUGUUAAACUGUAAAGUACAGAGCUUUAUCAGUAUCAGGAGUGACGUGGCCGUGGUCCCUGUAUCUGGCCCAGGUGCAGAGCAGAUCCCAGAUUAGACAGACGGGCUUAAACCUUCUGUUGUCCAUCAGCUGUGAUGAAAGUCUUGGUCUGACAGGUACACAACAUGUAAUCCACCAAGAAGAGUCUGGAGAGUGUUGUCUUCAGGCUUAAAACAACAUCACAACACUGUAGACUGGAGCGUGUUGUUUUAAGCCUGAAGACAGCAUCACAACACUGUAGACUGGAGCGUGUUGUUUUAAGCAUGAAGACAGCAUCACAACACUGUAGACUGGAGCGUGUUGUUUUAAGCAUGAAGACGGCAUCGCAACACUGUAGACUGGAGCGUGUUGUUUUAAGCCUGAAGACAGCAUCACAACACUGUAGACUGGAGCGUGUUGUUUAAGCAUGAAGACAACAUCACAACACUGUAGACUGGAGGGUAUUGUUUUAAGCAUGAAGACGGCAUCACAACACUGUAGACUGGAGCGUGUUGUUUUAAGCCUGAAGACAGCAUCACAACACUGUAGACUGGAGCGUAUUGUGGAGGCUUGUUGAGAUGGGUCUGUUGACACGCUGGGUGUAUUGUGGAGGCUUGUUGAGGGGUCUGUUGACACGCUGGGUGUAUUGUGGAGGCUUGUUGAGAUGGGUCUGUUGACACGCUGGGCGUAUUGUGGAGGCUUGUUGAGAUGGGUCUGUUGACACGCUGGGUGUAUUGUGGAGGCUUGUUGAGAUGGGUCUGUUGACACGCUGGGUGUAUUGUGGAGGCUUGUUGAGAUGGGUCUGUUGACACGCUGGGUGUAUUGUGGAGGCUUGUUGAGAUGGGUCUGUUGACACGCUGGGUGUAUUGUGGAGGCUUGUUGAGAUGGGUCUGUUGACACGCUGGGUGUAUUGUGGAGGCUUGUUGAGAUGGGUCUGUUGACACGCUGGGUGUAUUGUGGAGGCUUGUUGAGAUGGGUCUGUUGACACGCUGGGUGUAUUGUGGAGGCUUGUUGAGAUGGGUCUGUUGACACGCUGGGUGUAUUGUAUGUAUAGUGUACAUGGGUUAAUAAGAAGAGCACAUUUUUAUAAUAGGAUAAUUAUAACCGAUUGCCAAGUAAGACAGACUGUGAAAUGCAUAGUUGGUUCCAUUUCUUACUCAAUAAAAAUGCUUUCUACUAUUCAUUCUGAUAUUUAUGCUCAUUCAUGCUCAUUAAAGAAAUUGUGUGCAUUCCCUAUAAAUGUAACUACUUUUGACCUGAGCCCUGACCUGAGCCCUUUGACCCCUGACCUGAGCCCUAUGACCCCUGACCUGAGCCCUAUUAGCCCUGACCUGAGCCCUAUGAGCCCUGACCUGAGCCCUAUUAGCCCUGACCUGAGCCCUAUGAGCCCUGACCUGAGCCCUAUGAGCCCUGACCUGAGCCCGAUUUGCCCAGACCUGAGCCCUAUUAGCCCUGACCUGAGCCCUAUUAGCCCUAUGAGCCCUGACCUGAGCCCUAUGAGUCCUGACCUGAGCCCUGACCUGAGCCCUAUUAGUCCUAUGAGCCCUGACCUGAGCCCUAUUAGCCCUGACCUGAGCCCGAUUUGCCCAGACCUGAGCCCUAUUAGCCCUGACCUGAGCUCUAUUAGCCCUGACCUGAGCCCUAUGAGUCCUGACCUGAGCCCUAUUAGCCCUAUGAGCCCUGACCUGAGCCCUAUUAGCCCUAUGAGUCCUGACCUGAGCCCUAUGAGCCCUGACCUGAGCCCUAUUAGCCCUAUGAGCCCUGACCUGAGCCCUAUUAGCCCUAUGAGUCCUGACCUGAGCCCUGUGAGCCCUGACCUGAGCCCUAUUAGCCCUAUGAGUCCUGACCUGAGCCCUAUGAGCCCGGACCUGAGCCCUAUUAGCCCUAUGAGCCCUGACCUGAGCUCUAUGAGCCCGGACCUGAGCUCUAUUAGCCCUAUGAGCCCUGACCUGAGUCCUGACCUGAGCCCUGUGAGUCCUGACCUGAACCCUAUGAACCCUGACCUGAGCCCUAUUAGCCCUGACCUGAGCUCUAUGAGAGAGCUCUAGAUCUCUCUCUGUCUCUCUGCCUGAUAUUCUAAACUUGUGUUUUCCCCUGUUCCCUGUGUUGACCUGUAUAGAGAAGGCCCUGUGUUGACCUGUAUAGAGAAGGCCCUGUGUUGACCUGUAUAGAGAAGGCCCUGUGUUGACCUGUAUAGAGAAGGGCCCUGUGUUGACCUGUAUAGAGAAGGCCCUGUGUUGACCUGUAUAGAGAAGGGCCCUGUGUUGACCUGUAUAGAGAAGGGCCCUGUGUUGACCUGUAUAGAGAAGGCCCUGUGUUGACCUGUAUAGAGAGGGGCCCUGUGUUGACCUGUAUAGAGAGGGCCCUGUGUUGACCUGUAUAGAGAAGGGCCCUGUGUUGACCUGUAUAGAGAAGGCCCUGUGUUGACCUGUAUAGAGAGGGGCCCUGUGUUGACCUGUAUAGAGAGGGCCCUGUAUAGAGAGGGGCCCUGUGUUGACCUGUAUAGAGAGGGGCCCUGUGUUGACCUGUAUAGAGAAGGGCCCUGUGUUGACCUGUAUAGAGAAGGCCCUGUAUAGAGAGGGGCCCUGUGUUGACCUGAAUAGAGAGGGCCCUGUAUAGAGAGGGGCCCUGUGUUGACCUGUAUAGAGAGGGCCCUGUGUUGACCUGUAUAGAGAAGGCCCUGUGUUGACCUGUAUAGAGAAGGCCCUGUGUUGACCUGUAUAGAGAAGGCCCUGUAUAGAGAGGGGCCCUGUGUUGACCUGUAUAGAGAGGGCCCUGUAUAGAGAGGGGCCCUGUGUUGACCUGUGUAGAGAGGGCCCUGUGUUGACCUGUAUAGAGAGGGCCCUGUGUUGACCUGUAUAGAGAGGGCCCUGUGUUGACCUGUAUAGAGAGGGCCCUGUGUUGACCUGUAUAGAGAGGGCCCUGUGUUGACCUGUAUAGAGAAGGUCCUGUGUUGACCUGUAUAGAGAAGGGCCCUGUGUUGACCUGGUAUAGAGAAGGAGACACAAAUGGCACUUAUUCCCUGUGUAGUGCACUACAUUUGACCCAUAGGGUUCUGGUCUAAAGUAGUGCACUAUGUAGGGAAUAGAGUUCCAUUUAGUAGACCUCCUUGGUAUCAUGACAGGCCUAGACUAGUGCUGCUCUGUUCUUCAGAGAGAUCUGGAUGAAUGAUCAGCAGUAAUGGGAGCAGAUGUUUCCCAGUACUGACACUACUGGGUGAUGUUCAUCACUCCUACAAUGUGCUGCUGAGUUGUUGUUUUUGUUGCAUUUCAAUAGUGGAGCAGGUGCAGUCAAAUUGGAGGCUGUUGACAAGGACCCAAUGAAUACAACUGUAUUGAUACAGCUUUAUGACCCAAAAUACCAGGCAGGUAGGAUCAUAGAACGAUACAUUCUAUGGGAAGAUGGCCCACGGCCUUUAAUUGAUACAGCUUUAUGACCCAAUAUACCAGGCAGGUAGGAUCAUAGAACGAUACAUUCUAUGGGAAGAUGGCUUUAUGACACAACAUACCAGGCAGGUAGGAUCAUAGAACGAUACAUUCUAUGGGAAGAUGGCCCACGGCCUUUAAUUGAUACAGCUUUAUGACCCAAUAUACCAGGCAGGUAGGAUCAUAGAACGAUGCAUUCUAUGGGAAGAUGGCUUUAUGACACAACAUACCAGGCAGGUAGGAUCAUAGAGCGAUACAUUCUAUGGGAAGAUGGCUUUAUGACCCAACAUACCAGGCAGGUAGGAUCAUAGAACGAUACAUUCUAUGGGAAGAUGGCUUUAUGACACAACAUACCAGGCAGGUAGGAUCAUAGAACGAUACAUUCUAUGGGAAGAUGGCUUUAUGACCCAACAUACCAGGCAGGUAGGAUCAUAGAACGAUACAUUCUAUGGGAAGAUGGCUUUAUGACACAACAUACCAGGCAGGUAGGAUCAUAGAACGAUACAUUCUAUGGGAAGAUGGCUUUAUGACCCAACAUACCAGGCAGGUAGGAUCAUAGAACGAAACAUUCUAUGGGAAGAUGGCUUUAUGACCCAACAUACCAGGCAGGUAGGAUCAUAGAACGAUACAUUCUAUGGGAAGAUGGCUUUAUGACCCAACAUACCAGGCAGGUAGGAUCAUAGAACGAAACAUUCUAUGGGAAGAUGGCUUUAUGACCCAACAUACCAGGCAGGUAGGAUCAUAGAACGAUACAUUCUAUGGGAAGAUGGCUUUAUGACCCAACAUACCAGGCAGGUAGGAUCAUAGAACGAUACAUUCUAUGGGAAGAUGGCUUUAUGACCCAACAUACCAGGCAGGUAGGAUCAUAGAACGAUACAUUCUAUGGGAAGAUGGCCCGCGGCCUUUAAUUGCCUACAUAAUUGAUGAGUUUAUUAUCCAAACACAAUUUUUUUGUAAAAACAUUUUUUUUUACCUUUUAUUUAACUAGGUACGUUUUCACGUUUUGUGUUUUUUUCAUCAGAAAUGAUUGCUCAUGGGUGCCUUCAUGUGUCUGUAAAAUAUUACUGUUCUUAUUCAUUUUUUAUUCGUAGAUUUUAGAUGUGUAUGAAAAUGUUUUGUUGUUGUUGUUGCUAAACACGAUACAGGUUAGCUGUCAUGUUAUGUUCAUAUCCUGUAUAGUUGACUGUGAUAUGUGGUCGUCUCACCAUAAGAUCAAUGCACUGGGUAAGAGCAUCUCCUAAAUGACUACAAUUUGAAAUGUAAAUGUUUUACAUACAGAUCUCAAAUUACUGUAUUGAAUAAUUGUUUACCUUU